CUCACACUCGCAGUCAUUUCAUAGCUCCAGCCGGGUGCAAGCCUGAUUUUCGCCUCGGUGGCGUGCAGGCUUUGUCCGAAAUGUACACCUUUUGGUCGGAAUUGGAGACAAAGAAUUGCCCCGGUCCUCGGGCAGCGCAUUCAUGUGACAUUAUCGAUGGCCGCCUCUACCUCUUUGGGGGUUGGAAUGGCAAGCGGGCGCUCAACGACCUGCACGUGCUGGACGUGGCUUCCGGCACUUGGUCUGAGGUGCUACCUUCCGGCAGCGCGCCCUCCGCGCGGAACAAUCACACCACGGCAGUGGUGGAUUCGCGACUUGUGGUGCACGGUGGCCAUGAUGGCAACAAGUGGGUGGCUGACAUGCACAUCUUAGAGACGAGCCAGGCACCAGCGCCGCACGAGGGCUUGGUGUGGCACAAGGCACCUACCUCUGGCACACCUCCGUCCGCCCGAGCCUGUCACACGCUGACGCGCCUGGCGCACAAGCUGUACAUGUUCGGUGGCUACGAUGGUGCCAAGUGCUUCAACGACAUGGACAUCAUCGAUCUAGAGACAAUGACCUGGAUGCAGCCAGCGCUUUCCGGCACUUUGCCACAGGCCCGGAAUGCCCACACCAUGACAGUAAUUAGCACAAAGCUGUACCUAUUCGGUGGCCACAGUGGGAACAAGCAUCUCACAGACCUUCACAUCUUUGACACUCAGAAGCUCCUUUGGUCACAGCCGGACAUUCUCGGCACGCCACCGCCAGGCCUGCGGGGGCAUACGGCCAACCUCAUCGGUCACAAGAUUUUCCUGUUCGGCGGCUACGAUGGCAAGGGCCGCACCAAUGAGCUGUAUAUCCUUGACACAGCUGAGGCCAAGUGGGUUCGGCCAACCUGGCCCACUGAAUCGCCUCACACUCCUCCUGGACGACAGCGUCAUUCUGCUUCCCUUAUCGGCCUGGGCCUCGGCCAGAUCUCUGAUGGCGGGCAAAGGGUUUAG